AUGGCGGGAGAAGAUCGCCGAUUCAGAGAAUGCAGCUCAGAAGAAGCUCUUGCAGUCACAACGUUGUCGUCAGUAUUCCCUCAAGAAAUCCUUCAUCCCUUCCCUGACGACGACGACAAUGAUGAUGAUGAACCAUUGCCAUAUUUUAGCAGUGCAAACGUCAAAUUAUUCGAUGGCAACGGCCGAGCCUGUGGAAUCGAAGAAGUGGAGCAAGGUGUGAUUGUGCGGAUGUCUGGUGUCUUGCGAGAGUACAAUGCCACCACAACGAGCGCCACGGACGGUUUCCCUCUCGAGCAGUCUGGCGAAAUCAUAGAAUGGUUUAUACAUGGCCUUGAUUCUUCUGAGACUUUUUUAUGCGUGCAAACUCAGCACGGAAAUUACAAAAUCCUCUCGUUCGACAAAGAGACUGAACCAAGCGUCAAGAAGACUCUCGACAAGAUUUUCUGGACAAAUCACUUCUUAAGAUCAUUGAUCGAUAAGAGCGGGGAAACUCUAGAAGAAAUUGUUAACAACUUCCAUCCCACAGGACCAAUGGCUCACCUGGUCACUAUGCCUACUCUGGAGGAUUUCAAAGAGAACGCUCCAUUUAUCUUUCGUCAUGUUGAGAGAUACGCGCUGGACAAAAAUGAAGAUGGCAGCGAUGAUUAUUAUCUGCUGGAAAGGAGCAGCUUUCAGGAAUUUUGCGUCUUGGCUGAAAUAGAGUUGAAACCAAAAGGCAAGAAGGAAGCACCAAUGGGCACCAAACUCACCAACACUCCAUUGGUCCGAGAGGUUUUCUCGAUGGCGUUUGAAUACAUGAAAGAUUUUAAAGAUAUGCCUGAAGAGCAAGAGGAAGUUUUUGACAAAGUGAGCAACGAAAACAGAGACUGCUCCUUGAAGUUCCAAGGCAUUGUUUCGUUUAUUCACGAAACGCCGCUUCGAGUUGAAGAAAGAAUGCUAAAAGCCCCUUAUGUUGGACUUAUCAUCUACCAAGAUGAGGAUGUCUACCAUGUCCAGGUGCUCAUGAGAAGCUCAGAAUCAUAUUUGAAAGGAUUUGCACAGAAAAAUGAGUAUUUUGGGACGAAUGUGUGUUUGGAUGUCCAUGAAUCACAAAUAUGGGGACAGCCACAGAUUCAACACAAAUCGGAUUGCGACGAAAAUAGUAGCACAAAUGGAACAAGUUUCUACCAGAUGAGACUUGAUGAUAAGAGCGGCGCUUUCACAAGUCUGGGACCGACAAUCGGCAAUUCAUGUGACUUGUGUGAAAAGAAGGAAAAGACAAGAUAUGAGCAGUUGGUCCAGAUGGACGAGAACAACUUUUCCUUCGAGUAUAGAGGAAACUCUUACUGCAUUGGCUCAUUUGCUUUCACUACCAGACUUGUGCCUCCCAUCCCUGACCCAUUGCCAGCCUUGAAGCAUUGUUACGACCCUAUUGUUUGUCCCGAGUGGUACCGAGUUGCCAAAAGUCAGACUUUGGAGACAAAACAUUAUGUCCUGGGCGUGUGUCAAAUAUUGGAAAUCUCAGCAGGCACAGCAGCCACAAGUGAUGCUAAAGAUGUUAGACUGAAAGUUAGGGUCUAUCGAAGGCCGAGUGACACUCGAUUGCCUUUUCGAGAUCAAACUUGUCCUCACGAGUUGUACCACACAGACGAGGUUCAAGAAAUAUCAGCAAGUGAGAUCAUCGGGCCAGCUUAUGUGGCUUACGAAAAACGUUUGACUACAGAAAGACAUAAGUGGAUUCAGGCCGGUGACAACAGAUUUUGCUUCUCUCAAAAGUACUCGUUGGGCUCCAACAAGCUUUCUGACGUUCCCCACGAAGCUAGGAAUUGCAUCGGCCACAUGGACCCAAAGACAAAGAAUCCCGUUGAACCACCGAUACACAAAGUGCCGGCUGAGAAGCUAAAAACGAUGGAUUUGUUUGCUGGCUGUGGAGGUCUCUCGCUUGGUUUACACGAGGCAGGCUUGUGUGAGAGCAAAUGGGCUGUCGAGUGCGACGAACAUGCCGCCCAAGCCUAUAGCAAAAACUUCAAAGACGCGACAGUUUACGUUGAUGAUGUGAAUUUGGUGUUAGCCAACAUGAUGGAGGAGAAGAAUCAAAAUAACAAAGGACAGGCUUACGCCAAAAAGGGUGAGGUGGGCAUGGUUAUAGGAGGGCCACCCUGCCAAGGGUUUUCUGUGAUGAAUCGGUACCCCCAAGGCGAAGCAGCAUUGUUUAAGAAUUCUUCGGUGUCUACUUUCUGCAGCGCCAUUGACAUUUUGAAGCCAAAGUUCUUUAUUUUUGAAAACGUCAAGAACUUUGCCUUCGCUCACAAGGGUUCAUAUCUGAAAACCGUCAUCGCCUGCUGCCUGAGGAUGGGUUAUCAAGUGCGAUUUGGAAUCCUGCAAGCAGGCGCAUAUGGAGUGCCGCAAGCUCGCCAAAGGAUCAUCAUCCUUGGGGCUCUCCCUGGCAACAAGCUGCCUGAUCUCCCCAAAAUCACUCACGUUUUCAACCAAAGAUCGCAGUCUCUUGUCCUUGAUGGCCAGCUGAUCGACGAUGGAACCGCCAUUAUUGGCCAAAACUGCCGAGACGCACCAAUUAGAACCAUAAAUGUGUUCGACGCAAUAUCCGACCUCCCAGACAUCGAAAGCAAAGGGAAAGAGUCGAGCAAUGACAAAUACUCGCUCUGCAAAACCAUCUUCCAAGAACAAGCUCGAGAGCAUUCAAAGCAACUGACCGAACACACAGUUAAACGCUUGUCACCUCUCAACGCACUUAGAGUGAGGUUGAUUGCGAGUGGUGACGACUGGAGGUCCUGGCCAAACAUCCAAACUUGCUUGCCAGAUCGUUCAAAAGUAGAGCGACUCAAAUACUUGAAAGGCGAAAAUAGCACCAAAGUUUGCACUUGCCAGUUGAAGCCAAAUAACAGGAAGAAAAAUCCUGCAUGUGGAAAAUGUAAAAAACACAAGAAGACCAUCAUUUUGAGGUUCCUCCCUCUCUCAGCAGACAGGCAUGCACAAUGGCCUGGAGUGUUCGGAAGACCAAAUAUUUUUGGGCCAUUCAAAACGACUGUGACCUCUCCGGUGCCGAGCGGGAUGCAGGGCACAGUGGUGCAUCCAACGUACCACAGGUGCUUUUCAGUGCGUGAACACGCCCGUUCUCAGGGUUUUCCAGACCACUUUGAGUUCAGUGGAGCUCUGGAAGACAAAUACUGCCAGAUUGGCAAUGCAGUUCCUCCACCUUUGGCUAAGAGGAUUGGAAUGUGUUUCCCGUGA